GCCAUGGUGGCCAGCCUAUGGAAGCUGGUGCGGGGCGUCAGGCAACUGGAGCUCCAUCGCCUCAUCUUGGCACUCAUCGUCUUCUGCCUUUUCUCCAUGGCUUUCCUGGCCUAUUACGUCAGCAACAGCCCCAAGAUCAAGGAGGCCCCCCCGCUGCCCUUCAGUGACUGUCGGGGGGUGCCGGGGGCUGUGGGAGGUGGGCAGCAGGCGCCACUCUUCCUGCCUCACUCGGGUCGGCUGCGCCAGGUGAAGGCCAUGGACAACUCUCGUACGGACCCAGUGGUGCUGGUGUUUGUAGAGAGCAUCUAUUCUCAGCUGGGGCAGGAGAUCGUAGCCAUUCUGGAGUCCAGCCACUUUAGCUACCGCACCGAGAUCGCCCCGGGGAAGGGAGACAUGCCCACGCUAACAGAGCGCAACCGCGGACGCUACGCCCUGGUCAUAUACGAGAAUUUACUGAAGUAUGUCAACCUGGACGCCUGGAACCGCGACCUGCUGGACAAGUACUGCAUGGAGUACAGUGUAGGCAUCAUCGGCUUCUUCAAGGCCAACGAGAACUCGCUGCUCAGCGCCCAGCUUAAGGGCUUCCCUCUCUUCCUGCACUCCCACCUGGGCCUGAGGGAUUACCGAAUCAACCACAACGCCCCACUGCUCUACAUCACCAGACCCAAUGAGGUGGAGCAGGGCCCCCUGCCCGGGGACGACUGGACCGUGUUCCAAUCCAACCACUCCACCUACGAGCCUGUCCUCCUGGCCAGCACCAAGUCCUCUGACGCCCUGGCCCACCUGGGGCCGCUCAGUGCUAUGCACGCCACCGUGGUCCAGGACCUGGGGCUCCACGACGGCAUCCAGAGGGUCCUGUUUGGAAACAACCUGUCCUACUGGCUGCACAAGCUGGUGUUUGUGGACGCCAUCGCCUACCUGACGGGCAAGCGGCUCUGCCUCUCGCUGGAGCGCCACCUGCUGGUGGACGUGGACGAUAUCUUCGUGGGCAAGGAGGGCACCCGCAUGAAGGUGACCGACGUAGAGGCCUUGCUCAAUACUCAAAACAAGCUGCGAAUGCUGGUCCCUGAUUUCACCUUUAACCUCGGCUUCUCUGGAAAGUUCUACCACACAGGCACAGACGAGGAGGACCGGGGAGAUGACAUGCUGCUAAGACACAGGAAGGAGUUCUGGUGGUUCCCCCACAUGUGGAGUCACAUGCAGCCCCACCUGUUCCACAACGUCAGCGUGCUGGCUGAACAGAUGAGGCUCAACAUGCUGUUUGCCCAGGAGCAUGGGAUCCCUACAGACAUGGGCUAUGCUGUGGCCCCCCACCACUCGGGGGUCUACCCCGUCCACAGCCAGCUGUACGAGGCCUGGAAGUCAGUGUGGGACAUCAAGGUGACCAGCACAGAGGAGUACCCCCACCUCAGACCUGCCCGCUACCGCAGGGGCUUCAUCCACAGUGGCAUUCAGGUGUUACCCAGACAGACAUGUGGCCUCUUCACUCACACUAUCUUCUAUAACGAGUACCCAGGAGGCUCCAAAGAGCUGGACAAGAGCAUCAGGGGAGGGGAGCUGUUCCUCACCGUCCUUCUCAACCCUAUCAGCAUCUUCAUGACCCACCUGUCUAACUAUGGGAAUGACCGGCUGGGCCUGUACACCUUUGAGUCCCUGGUGAAGUUUGUUCAGUGUUGGACCAACCUGCGGCUGCAGACCCUGCCACCCACGCAGCUGGCUGACAAAUACUUCCAGAUCUUCCCUGAGGAGAGGGACCCCCUCUGGCAGAACCCAUGUCAGGACAAGAGGCAUAAAGACAUUUGGUCGAAGGAAAAGACCUGUGAUAGACUACCCAGGUUCUUGGUCGUAGGCCCACAGAAAACAGGCACCACAGCCCUGCACUCAUUCCUGAGCCUCCACCCUGCCAUCACCAGUAGCUUCUCCAGUCCUGUCACCUUUGAGGAGAUCCAAUUCUUUAGCGGGCCCAACUACGACAACGGCAUUGACUGGUACAUGGACUUCUUCCCCUUCCCAUCGAAUGUCAGUACAGACUUCAUGUUUGAGAAAAGUGCCAACUACUUUGACACGGAGGUAGCCCCCAAGAGAGCGGCGGCCCUGCUGUCCCGGGCCAAGAUCCUGGCUGUGCUCAUCAACCCAGUGGACCGCGCCUACUCCUGGUACCAGCACCAGCGGGCUCAUCAGGACCCAAUGGCCAUCAACCACACAUUCCAGGAGGUGGUGACAGCGGGGCCUGCCUCCCCCCGAGAGCUGAUCAUCCUGCAGAGACGCUGCCUUAAACCUGGGGCCUACGCCACCCACCUGGAGCGCUGGCUACACCACUACCAGCCCAGCCAGGUGCAUAUAGUGGACGGGUCCCAGCUGCGUUCCAACCCUGCCCUGGUCAUGGAGGGCAUCCAGAGGUUCCUGGGGGUCACACCCAUCUUCAACUACACCCAGGCUCUGACGUACGAUGAAAGUAAAGGGUUCUGGUGCCAGAGGGUGGAAGGUGGACGACCCAAGUGUCUUGGCAAGAGUAAAGGCAGGAAAUACCCUGACAUGACCCCUGAGUCGCGUGCCUUCCUGACGGAGCAUUACAGGGAGCACAACAUGGAGCUGCUGAGGCUGCUGAACCGGCUGGGCCAGCCCCUGCCCGCCUGGCUGAGAGAGGAGCUGCAGAGCUCCAGCUGGAGCUGAGAGUGGAACCACAGUCUGGAAUGGAGCACUGCCCCACCCGGCUUGGCCCGGGGGGAGAGGGCCCUGUUCACCCACACCCACACCAGUCACUACAGAGGGUGGAUGAGGUGAGAGGGCGGGAGGACAGCCCCCUAUCAGGACAAUGGACUCCGAAACGCCACUGUAACAACCAAACCUCAUGGGUGGAAUAAAGACCUCUAAUAAGGGAGUUAAUGAGUUGGACUGAAACACCUUGCAGUCGCACACAUCGUCUUCAUCCAGAAAGUAGAGGACUUGUCUAAGCCUGCAGACGGUUAGACUGACUGACGCCGGUCUGGUAGACUGAGAGGGGGUGGGGGGAGGUCUAAUGUCACCCCACUAUUUAACAGGAACUGACCUCACAGGAUAUCCUGUGGCCCUGUAGCGCAUGAAUGAGCUCGGCAACAUACGUGGUCACAAGAUCACACACACACACACUUCUCAUUUCUUCAGAAGAAUGAUUGUAAAACGUUGUACAUUUUAAAUCUGUUGUAUAUUUUGGGCGGGGGGGAAUGUGACAGAAUAGACAUUGACUAAACGAGACAGCGUACUGUAGUGCUCUGGUCAGAGGCUUGUGCCAUAGGAAGGAUGUGGGGUAUUAAUCACAUGCCACAGCUCCUCCAGACUCCCUCUGUGCAUUCCACUACCCCAGAGCUGAGGCCAUUGGAGUACAUUCUGACAAACAAACUGUCUACUAAAGGCCCCACAAGUCUACAGAGAAACCACACACUUUAACAUGCACUUUCCCCAACUCUCACAUAGGUACCCAGCCAGUUUAGAGCUGCGUAAAGAGAGGAGGAUGAGCUAGAGGGAGAUGGAAAAAGAGAGGGUCUCUGCCUGUGACUGUCCGUCUUAACAGGAGCUGCUGUCUUGUUUUGUUUCCUGUUUAUUUUGUAAAAACUACAAAACAAAGACCAACGCUGUAUCAUCUCUAAUAAACUCAGAGAGGUUGGAA